UGCAACACAUAGCUAGCUCACAUGCACACGCAGAGAGAGCUUUACCUGCCUGCCGCUGGCUGCCGCUGCAGAGGGGCAAAAGGAGGGAGCGACUGAGACUGCUGCAAGCCACACCAGGGACUUUAUAACCGGCUCCACUUCUGCCUGGCUGAGAUCGCCGAGCAUUUUAAUUAGAACCCCCCUCGCCCUCUCUUCCCUCCCCCGCCCGCCCCCAAGUCACUCUCUGGCCAGGCAAGCCCAGAGAGCCCCGAGCAGAGGAGGAGCCAGGCAGGGGGCUAGCGAGCCGGAGUGGAGCUGCCCGGGAGCCCGCAUGAAACUUGGCGAAGUUAGUUGGAAGCUCUGGGAGCCGCCGCCGAGCUCCAAGUUGGAACCUGAUCCCGGGACUCGGCGCUGAGCGGGAUCGCUGGUGCCUGCCGGGCCGGCACGGCUCGCGUGCGCUCUAGGGGCCGCAGCAGGAGGCGUCGCUGAGCCCGGACCAGAGUGGGGGACAAUCCCCCCUCCCCCUGAGCAGGCGAAGGAGAAGAAACGAGUAUGUCCGAGGAGAAAGCAGCUCGCAGCGGCUCGCCGGGGGCAGAGAUCUGGCUGUGAGCGGAAGGGACCCGGCUAAUCGCCAGCCUCGCGCUAAAGCCAGGGGAGGAAAGCGGACAGCUCCCGCCGCCCCUGCCGCACGCCCUGCGUCCGGAGAGCGCCGGCCCGCGGUUUGUUUGCAGGCUCGCCAUGGGUAGGACUCUGUGAUCAUUGCUUUGCUCGCGGCUCGCCUUGCACGGAAGGAAGCCGCCGUGUCUCCCCUGCUCCCCCCGGCCGUUGCCAAAUGACAAGUCCCCGAGAAGAGUUGAGCUAGUGGAAGGGGAAGGGGGGAUGUUUGCACUUUUCCGUUGUUCCCUUUGAACUCUGGGGGCACCAGCAUCCAACUAGAGCGGCGUUUGGAGAGAGUUUCAAAAUCCUGCUUGAGAAAAGAAAGAAACUUCCCGGCGGAAAGAAGAGACCCGAGCCCGGGACAGUCUCCUGGUUGGGGGCCAGUUCUGGACGGAGAGGAAAGCGGUGCACAGGGGGACCUGCCUUUUGGGACAUCGGCUUUCAGGGUGCGGAGAGGAGCCCGAGGUUGGGGCGGUCUGGAGCCCAGCAGCCCCCAGGUGCGGGACUUUUCCUCCUGGGAGGCCGAGAGGGAGGAGCGGCUCGAAGUUGGUGCUGCAGUUCCCGGGCUCGUUCUGCUGCGGAGCAAAGAUUGAUUUUCUGCGGGCUGCGAGCGGCGGGGGAGAGGUGACCGGGGCAGGCGGCCGCCAGCGCGGUGUGGGCUGCAGCCUGCAGCAGCUGCAGGGCUUGCCGGGGGCCAGCAUGUCCAAGCCGGUGGAUCACGUCAAGAGGCCCAUGAACGCCUUCAUGGUGUGGUCCCGGGCGCAGCGCCGGAAGAUGGCCCAGGAGAACCCCAAGAUGCACAACUCGGAGAUCAGCAAGCGCCUGGGGGCCGAGUGGAAGUUGCUCACCGAGGCCGAGAAGCGGCCCUUCAUCGACGAGGCCAAGCGGCUGCGGGCCAUGCACAUGAAGGAGCAUCCCGACUACAAGUACCGGCCCCGCCGGAAGCCCAAGACCCUGCUUAAGAAGGACAAGUUCGCCUUCCCCGUGCCCUACGGCCUGGCGGAUCCCGACCACCCGCACGGGCUGAAGGCGGCCGGGCUCCACGGCGGGGCCGGUGGGGGCCUGGUGCCCGACUCCCUGCUGGCCAACCCGGAGAAAGCGGCCGCCGCCGCCGCCGCAGCGCCGCCGGGUCUUCUUCCCCAGUCGGCGGCCGCCGCAGCCGCAGCCGCCGCGCCGCGCCGCCAGCAGCCCCUAUACGGCUGCUGGAACCUGGGGUCCAAAAUGGAAGAGGCGUCGCCUUCCUCCGCCUCGGCGUCUCCCUACGCCCUCCCCUGGCGCCUACCCCGUCGCCGCCGGAGCGGCACCUUCCACGGGCCCGCGCCGCCGCGAGCUGCCGCCGCCGCCGCCGGGGGGCACACUCACUCGCACCCGUCCGCGGGCAACCCGGGCUACAUGAUCCCCUGCAACUGCAGCGCCUGGCCCAGCCCGGGCCUCCAGCCGCCCCUCGCCUACAUCCUGCUGCCAGGUAUGGGCAAGCCCCAGCUGGACCCGUACCCGGCAGCCUACGCGGCGGCGCUAUGACAGCCCCGCCGAGCGGCGGACUCCCAGCCU